AGAGAUUAAUCCAUCAAUCCAAGGUGAGAAGGGAAUUCAGAAAGAAAAGGAAAAAUCUCAAGAAGGUGGAUGUCCUCUUUAUGACCCGAUCUCCUUAGUCUCAGAGUACCACCUCCGUGGUGGGAAGUGGCAGGCUAUGGGUUACCCGACCUGUGUGUUCCCUGUGCUGCCUUCCUGUAGCCAGAAGCACCUGCAGAGCCACUCCAUCUGAGUUGACCCAGCGGCCUCUACCAUGCUCUACCUCAAUAGGUUAGGGAAGGCUUUGUGGUGGAAGUUGCUAAGCGCAAGGAAAGGGAAAUCAGGCUCCACCUGUUGAAGGGAGGAGAAUCAAACUGUGAAUAUCACUAACAGACCAAGUUGGGAGAUUGCAGACCAGAAGAACCACAGGGCUUCUAACCAAAGGUAAAAUGAAUGAAAAUAAACCAAGUGACUCACGGACUCUUGCUUGUGUUUUCUGUCGAAAAAAUGAUGAUUGUCCUAAUAAAUAUGGAGAAAAGAAAAUUAAUGAGAAAUGGAAUCUCACUGUACAUUACUAUUGUUUGUUGAUGUCAAGUGGAAUUUGGCAAAGAGGUAAAGAAGAAGAAGGAGUUUAUGGUUUCCUAAUAGAAGACAUAAGGAAAGAAGUGAAUAGAGCUUCUAAACUGAAAUGCUGUGUUUGCAAGAAAAGUGGUGCUUCAAUUGGAUGUGUUGCACCUCGAUGUAAACGAAGUUAUCAUUUCCCGUGUGGACUUCAGAGAGAAUGUAUUUUCCAGUUCACUGGCAAUUUUGCGUCAUUUUGUUGGAACCAUCGACCUGUUCAAAUAAUUACACCUAAUAAUUAUAGAGAAUCCUUACCAUGCACCAUUUGCUUGGAGUUUAUUGAGCCUAUUCCAACUUAUAGCAUAUUACGAAGUCCAUGUUGUAAAAAUGCUUGGUUUCAUAGAGACUGUUUACAGGUUCAAGCAAUAAAUGCAGGAGUGUUUUUCUUCAGGUGCACAGUAUGCAAUAAUAGUGACAUAUUUCAGAAAGAGAUGUUGAGAAUGGGAAUUCAUAUUCCUGAAAAAGAUGCAUCUUGGGAAUUGGAAGAAAAUGCUUAUCAAGAGCUUCUGCAGCACUAUGAGCAUUGUGAUGUACGAAGAUGUCGUUGCAAGGAAGGGCGAGACUAUAAUGUGCCUAAUAGCAAAUGGGAAAUAAAGCGUUGUCAGUCUUGUGGUUCUAGUGGAACACAUUUAGCCUGUUCCUCACUACGAUCAUGGGAACAAAAUUGGGAGUGUUUGGAUUGUAGAGGUAUUACCUACAACUCAGGGGGUUUCCAAAAAGCCAAAAAACAUACAUUACCCAACACUAACAAUGUUGGAAUAAAUGAUUGCUUGUUGGAAGAAUCAUCUCCGAAAUUACCCAGACAGUCACCUGGAGCCCAGCAAAAAGAUCUGCUGAGGCAAGGCAACAAAUUUAGGAGAGACAUUUCAACAAUAAUUAUAGAGCUAGGAUUUCAAAUUAUUAAAAAAACAAAAAGAUUAUAUAUCAACAAAGCCGAUAUCUGGAAUAGUGCCUUAAAUGGAUUCAGAAAUCAAAAGUUUAAUCCUUCAUACACAAUUGAAGUUGCAUAUGUUAAUGAAAAUGAUAAUUUUGGAACAGAGCAUCCUGGAUCAAAGCAAGAAUUCCUAAGUCUUUUAAUGCAACAUCUUGAGAACUCACCAUUGUUUGAAGGGUCCUUGUCAAAGAACUUGUCCCUAAAUUCUCAAGCUCUGAAAGAGAAUCAUUACUAUGACGCUGGCAAAAUGCUUGCCAUUUCUUUGGCUCAUGGUGGUCCUUCACCUGGUUUUUUUUCUAAAACUUUGUUUAACUGCCUUGUUUUUGGACCAGAAAAUACCUUUCCAACUUUAGAUGAUGUUUCAGACUUUGAUGUGGCACAGAUUUUAAUCAGGAUAAAUAGUGCAACAAAUGUAGCUGACUUAAACUCAAUUAUGAAUGAAUGCUAUAACUACCUAGAGCUUAUUGGAUGUCUAAGAAUUAUAACAUCAUUAAGUGACAAAUAUUUGUUGGCAAAAGACAUACUUGCUUACCAUGUAAUUAAAAGAGUCCAAGCACCUUUUGAAAGUUUUAAGCAGGGUCUGAAAACUCUUGGAGUUUUGGAGAAAAUUCAGACUUAUCCAGAAGCAUUUUAUAGCAUCUUCUGUCAUAAACCUGAGAAUCUUUCUGCAAAAAUACUUAGAGAUCUUUUUACAGUACACACAUGUGACGCACAGUCUUUGGGAUUUUGGAACAGUUACUUACAGGCUGUUGAGGAUGGUAAAUCUGCAACAACAUUGGAAGAUAUUCUUAUUUUUGCAACUGGUUGCAAUUCCAUUCCACCUGCUGGAUUUAAACCCACUCCUUCAGUUGAGUGUCUUCAUAUGGAUUUUCCUGUUGGAAACAAGUGUAAUAACUGUUUAGCUCUUCCAAUUACCAAUACAUAUAAAGAAUUUCAAGAAAAAAUGGACUUUUCCAUAAGAAACACUUUAAGACUAGAAAAAGAAGAAAGCUCUCACUACAUUGGACAUUAAGAUGUUUUGAACAAAGAGAUGCUUCUUUAAAGCUGCUAUUGAUAUUUUUGUUUCAGAAAUCUGUCCAUUAUCACUUUUGAACAAACUUGUCAGCUUCUUGGUCCAAUAAAAUUUAUGAUGUGAAUAUUAA